AUGAAACUGCUUUUCGUAGCAUUACUCUUUUUGUGCGUCGCUUGGUUCGCCUAUGCUUAUGAAUGUUACAUAUGCAAUAAUCUAAUGAUUGGUGCUUGCGGUGAUCCGUUUGACAACUCGAAAAUUAGCAACAGUUCCAUAGUGGAAAUCGAAUCUUACGAACGCUGUGCGAAAUCUAAAAUUGGUACUGCUAUCAGAAGAACCAAAGUUAACUCCACGGAGUGUCCAGGCACUAAAAAUGGAUGUGAACCUAGAAUGGAUGAUGGUGUGAAAGCUAUGCUCACGUGUAGAACGAUAGCAAGAUUUAUCUCCCGAAUGUUUAAUUUCUACAUUCCGACUGUACUCAUUGGUUGUAUUUCAAUAAUUAUUUGUGAUCCUAAUUGCGUAUACAAAGUCGACGAUGGAUUGACCUUAGACACUCGAACAUUGGGCUUUACAGAUGGGAAAGGUCCGAAAUAUAAUCAUAUUUCGAAUGCAGCUACUACAGCAAAUACUUUCAGUUGGAAUGGAUGUUUUUCGUAUUCUACCAAUGAUCAAGGCAACUGUUCAGAUGCUGCAGCAUGCUAUUUUGAUGCAACGCAGAAUAAAUCAAUUCUCAUCGCUAAGCAAGAUUCAGCUGAAUUUAAACAUAACCAAGGCUCAUUCGUUCUUUCCUACCAGUCUUCACAUGGAUAUCUAACAGUAUUCUUAAACUGUCGAGAUGAAGACGAAGACUCAGCCAUCGGCCAACAACACGAUGCGUCAACUUACAGUAUUCAUAUUCAAUCUCGCUGCUGCUGUCCAGGAAUGUGUCACUAUCCCACUCAUUAUGUCAAUCCUAUCAUCAUUGCAAUUAUUAUAAUUAGUAUUUUCAUCCUCGGACACAUAGUUGGCGGUAUCCUCUUCGUCAAACAUCGACCAGAUUCGCUGAAUCGUUUUUCAUUUGCGAAUGUGAUAUCUUAUCUCCGACAUCGAAAUAGCAAUUAUCAACAAGUGUAA